UAUGGCACGUUCCCACUGGUCUUCUGUCAUAUUACUCAACUGACAGCCAGCCAUCCCCGAGCCAGCAGCAGUUUAGAGAUAGUUAGUUACAACAACAACAAGAAACAAUCACAUCAGCUGUGACUAUCAUCACUCGGGUAAACAAUUGUUUCCAUUUAUCGAGUCAGGGCUGUCGUAUAGUUGGUGUUGGUGUCGGUAUAUCGUAUCGUAUCGUAUCCAGAGUCGGUCAUUGGGGGUCUUUUUCAGAGCUAGAGCUGUCCAUUCAUUUAUCCACUGGCAGCGAAACUGUCUUGAUCGCCCUCUGCCGACCGUGUUGAAUUCGUUUAUUUUUUUUUGUUUUCUUGUUGUUAUUUUUCUGUCAUCGGUCAAGUUUGAUAGCGUGUUUGUUGCUCAAAAAUUUUUUUAGCAAAUGUUUGAUAGUUAUAUGUCAAAUUUGAAUAAAAGUUCGUUAAUGUGCGAGCGCGAAUUUAAAUGCUUGUUAUGAAAAUUAUUUGAAAUUCAAUAGAAAUUGUAAAAUAUAUACAAGUUUUCUACAGUUUAUUUGCAUUGAUUUAGUCAAAUUUAUAAUCAUUUAAGUGAUAUUUGUUUUUGUCUUUGUUGGCUUUUUGUAAAGUGAAGAGUGUAUCUUUUUUGUGAUACAACACUCCUCAGUUGCAACAAAGCGUUGCAAGUUGUAAGAAGUUUUAAAUAUUUAUUUGUUGUUUAUCAAAUAUUUACAAAGUGUCAGAAAUAACAAACAAAAAAAAAAUUAAAAAUGUAUUCUUCACAUUUGGAAUCCCUGUUGAUCAAAGCUGUUGUUGUGAUACUUUGUUUGGAUCUCAGGACCACAAAUGCUCAAGAUUUUUCUUAUGAUGGAACAAUGGGACCAGAUCAUUGGGGCGAACAAUACAAUGGUUGCAGUGGAAAAUAUCAAAGCCCAAUUAACAUAGAUUUGUUAAACGUCGAACAAAUAAGUUUUAACGAUCUUCAGCUCAAACGUUUUGAUGAGAAACCUCUCUCUGGUGAUUUAUUAAAUAAUGGACAUACAGUUAUUGUACAUUUGGAUUAUGAAGAUGAAGAACCAACUAUAAGCGGCGGACCUUUAAACGGAACAUUUCGUUUCGCGCAAUUGCAUUUCCAUUGGGGCGACAAUGACACUUACGGUAGUGAAGAUCGGAUAAACAAUCAAAGUUUCCCAGCUGAAUUGCAUAUGGUGUUUUACAAUACAAAAUAUGGUGAUUUUGAUAGUGCAGUUGGACAUAGUGAGGGUGUUGCAGUUUUGGCAUUUUUCUAUUAUCUAAUGGAAGAGGAUAAUCCUUUCUAUGCUGACUUGGCAUUCCUUCUUACUUCAUUGCAAGAACCAGAUCGUCAUGUGCCAUUUAUAGGUGCACCAUCUCUCCACAAUCUAGGCAGCACAGAAUACGAAAAGUAUUUCACAUAUGUCGGCUCAUUAACAACACCUCCUUGCAGUGAGGAGGUGAUUUGGAUUGAUUUCGAGGAGCCAGUCAUGAUUUCCCGAUCACAGCUUGACAGUUUUCGUCAACUUUACACUCAUGAUGGAGAAUUAAUUACGCACAAUAAUCGUCCCAUACAACCGCUAAAUGGACGAAUCGUUCAAAAAAACUUUGUACCCUAUAAUCCCUUUGGAAUGGGAGGAAAUCAUGUUGCGUCAGCUCCAAUUCCAAAUUUUAUCAAUCCAGGAGAUACUAAACCGCCUCCGCCGAAAAAAAAUGAUUCAUCUUUUCCGCAAGGGCAAAACCAUAGCCAUAGCAUACCAUUUCACGCUAAAAGGCGAAAUUUCAGUCCAACAACAACAAACAUUGAUUUGUUGUGGGCCGUAAUUGUUUUUGUCGUUUUUACUAUUUUUUAUUGAGUGU